CCUAUUUUCCCAGUAUUGAAUCUUUGGGGAGGAGGGAUCCUCUGCACAACUACGGCAGGAUAACGGCUGUACUUUUCGAGUAGCGCCGUUCGGGUCGAGCAGACGGCGGAGUCGGAGAGAGUCUAAACGGGGAGACUCAAAAAUAGCGUCCAAAGGCGAUUAGCUAUGACGGGAGGAAACACUGGGGCUUCGUGAGAAUCUACGUAAAAAAAAAUAAGAGGAUGAGGAUUCCUCUGGUGUGGGCGCUGGGCGCUUGCCAGACUGGGUGAAGGCAGAUCCGAGAGCUGAAGAAAAACCCAGCACCCGGGGCUGCAGAGUAGGACCUCCGUACAGGUUCACACGGCCGUUGGCAAGGUGGAGCUUCCUGGCCCAUGGAGAAUUACUUCCAAGCCGAGGCCUUCAACCUGGACAAGGUGCUGGACGAGUUCGAGCAGAAUGAAGAUGAGACGGACACGUCAAUUCUCUCGGACGCUAAGUGGACACAGAUCCUGGCUCCGCCCGCCCACAUGCUCUCCCUGAAUCCCGCUCUGGCCCACGCAGACAUCAGCCCCCGGGAGAGCCCGCUGCCCUUCAAGACUCUUCCCGACCCGUCCAGCACCUCCUCAGGACCCGACCCCAAAAGGUCGGCGGGUCCUGAGCAUCAACCGUGGGCGGAGGAGAGGCCGGCGGAUGUCCACAGCCCGCCUCUCCCUCAGCCCAACAUCGGCAAGCUGGUGGGCGCUGACGACGUCUCGCCAUGCGGCGUUGUGGAGAACGGCUGCACAGGAUGCCCACAGAAAAGUUCUCCUGCUGAGGUCCACGUUGGUAACGAGGAGGAACCUUCAUCAGUGGGCGGUGGAGGCUCUUGCUUCACGUUUGAGAUGGGAUUAGCAGAGGAACGGACUCUUUCUGAGGAUAAUCCUCCACAUGUGACUCAAAAUGGAGGAGAGUUGAAAGAUGAGAACCGUUCUGCUGUUUUGCAGGACUUUGAGCAGGAACAAAAAAGUAUAAAUUCUGAGGAGCUUGGAGGAAGUGUGAAUGGGAGUCAGAGUGUCCAGGCGGAGGUUGAGGAGAACAGUUUGUCUCCUCAUGGCAGGGACGGAGCGCAGGAUGAGCAGGAGGGGAGAAAAUGCGCUGAAAAUGGACAAAUGGAGCAGAAAGUUAGAACUGGAAUCCUUCCUAACGGUCUGGAGAUGGAGAAUGGAAGCAGCUUAAAGGUCAACGAAGCAGAGGACACCGAGGACUUUUCUCCGUCUCCUGUCCCGUCCAAGGAGGACUCUGUGACCGAAGAGAAGGAGAUGGAGGAGAGCAAGCAGGAGCUGAGCGACGGCGGAGCGGCCGGGUCCGGCGGCGUCCAAACGAAACUGAACAACAGCCGGCUGCAGCCGGUGAGCGUUCCCUACGGAGGAGCGCGGCCCAAGCAGCCGGUCAGCCUCAAGCUGCAGAUCCCGCAGCCGCUGUCCGGCCAGGUCCAGAACCAGCUCAGCGCCAAGAACAAGAACAUGGACAGCCGCUGCUGCAGAGGCACGCCCACCGACCCAGCGCCAGGUGGGACGGGCCAGAGUUCGCUCAAUGGAAAUGGAGGAACCCGCUCUCCAUCGCUGACGGCGUCUGAGAGUCCUGACAACGACCUUCAGGCCGGGCAGCAGGGGGCGCUGUGCAGGAAGGCCGCCAGCUCGCUGGGAGAGGUGGCUCCUGUGUGGGUGCCUGACUCGCAGGCCCCGGUCUGCAUGAAAUGUGACGUCAAGUUCACCUUCACCAAGAGGAGGCACCACUGCAGGGCCUGCGGCAAGGUGUUCUGUGCAGCGUGUUGCAGCCUGAAGUGUAAGCUGCUCUACAUGGACAGGAAGGAGGCCCGCGUUUGUGUCACCUGUCAUUCUGCCCUGACAAACGUUCAAUCAGCGGAGACGCCUGUUACUGCAGUCAAUCAGAGUCCAAACCCGAACAACCCGGCGGAGUACUGCUCCACCAUCCCCCCCCUGCAGCAGGCGCAGGCGUCCGGGGUCCUCAGCUCGCCGCCCCCCACUGUCAUGGUGCCCGUGGGAGUCCUGAAGCAAUCUGGCAAUGAAGGCUCCCUGUCGCGGGACCAGAGGAGGGUUUGGUUUGCCGACGGGGUUCUUCCAAACGGAGACGCAGCAGAAUCCUCCAAACCGCCGUCCUCCGGCUCGGCGUCCUUGCGGUCACGGGUCGCCUCCACCUGCUCCAACAAGGCCGCCACGCCGGAGGCCUCAGAGGUGGCCCAGACCCCCGCUGCGCCAGCGGGCAGCCCCGUGGGCAGCUCCCUCAGCCUGAUCCCGGAGGACGGGCUCCCUCCCAUCCUCAUCUCCACCGGAGUCAAAGGAGGUACGGGAGGCCACAUCACAGAUUACGCCGUGGAGGAGAGACCGUUGGAGAUCGUCCUCAUGCAGCAGUUGGAGGAGGGAGGCCUGGACCCCCUGGUGUUCGUGCUCAAUGCUAACCUGCUAGCCAUGGUCAAGCUGGUCAACUAUGUCAACAGGAAGUGCUGGUACGUGACGACUAAAGGCAUGCACGCCGUCGGCCAAGCCGAGGUCGUCAUUCUGCUCCAGUGUCUACCCGACGAGAAAACCAUCCCCAAAGACAUCUUCACACACUUUGUGCAGCUCUACCAAGAAGCCCUAAGCGGCAACGUGCUGAGCCACCUGAGUCACUCGUUCUUCACCCAGAGCUUCCUGGGCAGCAAGGAGCACGGCGGCUUCCUCUACAUCAGCCCGUCCUUCCAGUCGCUGCAGGACCUGCUGCUGCCCAACCCGCCCUACCUCUUCGGUAUCCUCAUCCAGAAGUGGGAGACGCCGUGGGCCAAGGUCUUCCCGAUCCGCCUCAUGCUGCGGCUGGGAGCAGAGUACCGAUUUUAUCCGUGUCCACUGUUCAGCGUUCGCUUCAGGAAACCUCUGUUUGGAGAGACCGGGCACACCAUCAUGAAUCUGCUAGCAGAUUUCCGUAACUACCAGUACACUCUGCCGGUGGUGAAAGGUCUGGUUGUGGACAUGGAGGUGAGGAAGACGAGCAUUAAGAUCCCCAGCAAUCGAUACAAUGAGCUGAUGAAGGCCAUGAAUAAGUCCAACGAGCACGUUCUGGCCAUGGGGGCGUGUUUCAACGAACGGGCCGACUCCCAUCUGGUCUGCGUCCAGAACGACGACGGGAACUACCAGACGCAGGCCAUCAGCAUCCAUCAUCAGCCGCGCAAAGUUACUGGAUCCUGCUUCUUUGUUUUCAGUGGUGCGUUGAAAGCCUCGUCCGGUUUCUUGGCUAAGACCAGCAUAGUAGAAGAUGGUGUGAUGAUUCAGAUCACCGCAGAGACCAUGGACUCUCUACGGCAAGCCCUGAGGGACAUGAAGGACUUCACCAUAACCUGCGGAAAGGCGGAGCAGGAGGAGAACCCGGAGCUCGUCCACAUCCUGUGGACUGAAGACGACCAAAACUUCAACAAAGGCGUCAUCAGCCCGAUCGACGGGAAAUCCAUGGAGUCCAUCACCAGCGUGAAGAUCUUUCACGGCUCCGAGUUCAAAGCCAAUGGCAAAGUCAUCCGCUGGACCGAGGUGUUCUUCCUGCAGAGCGAGGACCAGCCCAGCGGGCUGAGUGACCCGGCCGACCACAGCCGGCUGGUGGAGAACGUGGCGCGGGCGUUCUGCAUGGCGCUGUGUCCGCACCUCAAGCUUCUGAAGGAGGACGGCAUGGCCAAGCUCGGCCUGAGGGUCACGCUCGACUCCGACCAGGUGGGUUACCUGGCAGGAAGUAACGGCCAGCCCCUCCUCCCUCAGUACCUGAGCGACCUGGACAGCGCCCUGAUCCCCGUCAUCCACAACGGGGCGUGUCAGCUGAGCGAAGGCCCCGUCGUCAUGGAGCUCGUCUUCUACAUCCUGGAGAUCAUCUCCUAGGAGACACAAACACUCGCAGACUUCUUCUUUCUUUCUUUUUUAGCACCAUCUCACAGCCUGGUCCUCCUCCCAUCUCCCUCCAACCAUUCGCGCCUCAAAAAGAACCAGAAAACUGUGCCGGUCCGGUCCAGGUAGCAUUCCUCCAGUCCAACCUAUGCAUCCUCCGCCGUCUGCUUCCAUCCAGAGGUGAAGCUCAGAGCAGAGAGUCUGUCCUGACCGCCACGCUCUGGCCUCCGAAGGGUUAAAUUCAUAAACACCCGAGUGAAGUUCGCCCCGCCACCUUCUUCAAAUCUAAACAAGUUGGUGUCAAACUUUUGUGCUGCAAAACUUUUCAUUGGUGCUGCUAUCAAUUUAAAGAUUUUAACAAAUGUUUCCAGAGGUCAUGAAAGGUCAACCAGCCAACUCCUUCAAGUCAGACUAAAUUUUAUGCCAAUCAUCUAAACUGGAUUAGUGCAGCAAAAAUGUUACGUUUGUGCUGCUUUUGAUAUUUAAAUGUUCAUUAAUAUCUUCACAGCAAACAGUCAACAAGCCCCCUCACAUUACCCAGAGCCAACAUAAUUGGUUUGUGCUGCAAAGAGUUUCAUUUGUGCCGCUAUCAUUUCAAAGAUAAUAAAUGUUUCCAGAGGUCAUAAAAGGUCAACCAGCCCCUUCAUCAACUUCCUGAAGUCAGACUGAAUUCGAUGUUAGUCAACUCAGUUACGUUUGUGCAGCAAAAAUUAAUUUGGGCUGCUUUUGCGUUGAAGAUAUUAAUGGAAGUUUAAAUGUCUCAAGGUCAAGCAGACUCAUCACAUUACCCAGACACAUAAUUGGUGUCAAACGUUUGUGCUGCGUUGUGCUGCAAAGAUUUAGAUUUGUGCCACUACGAUUUCAAAGAUAUUUCCAGAGGUCGAGCAAGGUCAACUAGCCCCUCCAUCUUCUUCCAAUCUGACAAAAAUCGCUGUAAAAUGUUUCAUUUGUGCCGUAAGUUUGCACAGGUCAUCAGAGGUCAACCGGCCUCUCGCUCACAUUCACAAACUCAGACAAAUUUGAUGUCGAUCAACUUGGCUACGUUUGUGCAGCAAAAAUCUAAUUUGUGCUGCUUUGGAUUUGCAGAUAUUGAUAAUGACCUCUGGAACUUAUUUUCUAUAUUUUUUAAAUGAUAGCGGCACAAAGAAAAACAUUUGACACUCAUUCUGUUAGACCUGGAGAAGACGGGGGGAGAACUUCGCUCGUCAGUUUUAUUAAAACACAAAGAUGAACUGAGGCCAAUUAAAUGCUCGUUAACGUCGUUAGGCUCCAAUUAAUUAACUUUACUAAUCCAAAUAAAAAACCCACUUUAAAAAAAAAAUUUAAAUCAGAUGCUAAUUAUUAUUUCUCGUGAAAUCUUAAUUUAUUUUGUAGUAAUUUAUAUUAAAACACACAGUGCGUUGCCAAAGUAUCCAGCUUUAGCACAAUACAAACAUAAACUAAUUUAUGUUUUAUUAGGAUUUUAUGUGAUGGACAAACACAAAGUAGAGUAUAAUUUCAUCAACUUCAUUUUUUGGCAAAGGUGAUUUUUACCACCACCACAAAAAAAAAAAGAAAUUUGUAGAAAUUUGAUGAUUUAGAAGUAAAAUCUGCCGGAUUUAAUGUUUUAAUCACUAAUUCAGCCUCUGGAUGCUCUAUAGAAUCGUAAUGCUGCGGUUGCAGCUGCAGAUAUUUUGGACAUAAGCACAGAUUUCAUAUCGGACAGAUGAGCAUCUCUGCACAUCAGGUUUCACGUUUCACCACGUGACUUUGACUGGGCCGUUUCGCCACAAUGUUUUAACAGUGGGGUGUUUUUAGGUUCCAGGUUAAAGGUUCGAUCUCACUGCAAAAACACAGAAUCCGACCAAUUAUCUGUUAGUUUCCAGUGCGAAUAUCUUAGACUUGAAAUAAGGUGGAAACUAAUUUACAAGUAGCUUUUCAGCAACAUGUACGAGCUUCUGUUAAGUCAAAUAAUCUCCCAGUGAAACUAACACUUGCCUGGGGGCCAAAUCUGGCCCUCCAUAAGUUACUGUGUGGCCCCCCAAACUCUCGCAAGACAUAAGAAAAAAUAACUGUGUGCUUAAAUAUUGUUUUGUCAAUGCAAUGUUUUAUCGUCAACCUGUUAUAAUUUUUCAUGUAAAAAUCAACAAAUCCCCACAUUUUUUCGUCCUAAUGCAUAACUGAGUUAGUUUAUUGCAAAUUUUCAUUUAAAAAAAUGACAAAAAAAGGGUUUAAGUGACAACUGUCACCAGCAGGUGUCAGUGUUGUCUUUCUUUACUUUAUGUCCUGUUCCAGUAGUAAAGUAAUAUUUAGUAUACGCGCAAAUAUUUCUAAAUUAGCAUUAAAAAAUUAGCUUUUUGAUGACAUUAAAAAAAAUCACAAAACGCUGGAAGACAUAAAAAAAAUGAACUUAAUAGCUGUGUGAUGAUAUCAUGCAGCAUUAGUUUGAGGCUUUCGGUGUGGCUUUUCGGACAGACCCGACGGCUCCUCUGCUUCUUAUCGGACGUUUGCUCCGAAGUCACUGUGUCAGCCAGAUGAAGCGAUGCAUUCUGGGUAAAAACCUGCCUCUGUGUAGCACGGAUGCUGCUGAAGGAAUCGUUGGAGGUGGAGGACGGUGCGUUCGUGAGGAGAGACAUGUUUUUUUUCGCACCAUGGUGCUCAGUGCCUGCAGCAGAGCGUCGUCAAGGGAAGAAGAUUCGUCAGCUUAACUUUAAGCUUUACUCAUCGUCACCAAAUUCUGCAUAGACUUGUAUAUAUUUUUUAUAGUGGAGCCAUUUCUUCCCUACGCUAUUGUCUGUGUCCUCAUACAAAACUUCUAAAAGUCCCGCCGUACUUCAGCUGCAUUUCAUUUAGUCUUUUCAAAUUAUGCGAACAACUGUUAAAAAUGUAUAAACAUAUACAGUAUAUAUAUAUAUAUAAAGAGAUAUAAAAACUAAUUGCAGAAGCAGUGCACUGGAGUCUAAGCCAUUUAAGUUGAGCGCCGCGUUCUGGGAGGAAAAGGUAAUUUCAGAAAUUCACUGACUGAUCCGAGGCUGAAUGUAUUUCCGCUCCGCGUUCUGCUUCCUUCCAAAAACCCCGAAAUCAAAAACUCUGCAGCUCCGGAGACGCUCCAGCCGUUCGCAGUGCAGCUACGCAGAGAUCGGGUCCGUCCAGCGGCGGCUCGGACCUGCGGAUGAAAACUACGAAUGUAUUCUUCUUGUUUCCGUUUCCCCGCCAACAGAGAAAAUAAAAAUAAAAAAAUCAAAAGUCUGUACAGUAAUCAUUCGGUGUGACAUUCAUUCUCCAUCUACUCGUGAGAUUCUUCUCAUCUGUUGAAUCAAAACGUUUGACAAUCUGUUGAAAAUCUGCAGAAGAGCCAACAUUUCCCAUUAGAAACGGAUCAUUUCUUACCAUCAGGUGUUUUAGGAGGUUCUGUAAUCGUGAUAAAAAAUGGUGAAACAAUCGCCACUUCCUGGUUGAUUUCCUGUGAUCGUCAUUUGGUUUCAUGCUGCCCCAAAACAAACCGAUUCUUCCCCCAUCAGAGUCUUCGUUUACAGUGACCUCUUCAGAUAUGUGCAAUAUGUCAGAAAUCCCCGACGCUAAAGGUGCAAUUUGACCAGAAAAGUAGCAUUUUGUUUGUUGUAAAAAUAAAAAAUGUUUCUGUCCAAAACUCUAAAAACACUGCAUGCAAAACGGAGACAAAAAUCAGCUUUUUUGUGCAUUUUAACAGUAAAUAAAUCCUGAAAAAUGCACUUGUUCAGUUGUUUACUGGUUAUUUUUUUGUUUUUUUUAAAUUAUCAGUUUGGGAAAGCCAAAACUCU